UUUGCUAUUUUAGUUUACUCCAUUAGAUUCGAUUUUUAUGAACUAGUAUAGUUUUUAACAAAAAAAAAUAAAAAAAAAUUGGAAGCGUUCGCCCUAGCAAACUCUCCCAGACACAGAAUCCAAAUAGCCGCAAGCCAUUGACGAAAUGAGCUUCUUCCACCGGAGCUGCUCCUCCGAUAAUCCUCAAUCCUGUUCAGUGGUUGCUUCUUAGGCGAGAUCUCUCGGCUGGUGGUCUCCUUCUCCGGUGACGUUGCUAUUCCGGCGAGUUUCCCCUGAGAUGAUUUUCUCCUCUUUGUUGAUUUCGAGUUCCUCUCCUCCUCUCCCGAUGUAUUCGGUUACUUUCCUCGUUCUGAGGUCUCCUCCGGCUCCACCAUCGGAGCCACCGUCUCCACCAUCGGAGCCACCGUCUCCACCAACUCCGCCGGAACCACCGGACCCACCGGAUCCUCAGAUCCGCCCCUCUUCGGGUGAGAUUUAUGCUCAGGUGUUGCUCCUUCCGCACUUCACCGGUCUACCACGGGUUCAUAGUGAACACAAACUUCCAUCUCCGCCACCCUCGAGACAUGUUCCUCCGAUCAUCACCGUGUUUGUGCCUCGUCGUUCAAGCCGUCGCUGCUGCCACAUGCCCAUCACCACACGUUCCCCAAAAGUGAAACUAAGGUUUAGCUUGGUGGGCCCUUAUCAUUGUUGCGGUCUAGUAACCUCCCUCUCUCGACCCAACUACAGAAGCUGCUGUGGCCCAACUCCUCUUUUCGAUUGGACUAGGUAUGUUAUAUCUAAUCUUUUACUCAGCCCAUUAAUUAGGUUGCUUCGAUACAUUAUCUGGAAUGGCCGAGGACACUAUUCUAGUUUUGUGUCGACGCCUUUACAUUGGCUGAGAGAUUACCAGUUUCGAGUCCAAGCUCCAUCGAUUGUCCCCACUGCGUUUUUCCCCUCCGUCCAUCCUCUUGUUGUCGUCAUCUGCUACCUCACUUUCGCCGUGAACUCCUGGGAUUGGUUGGGCUUUGUUCAGCCUUGCGUAUCCUCAAGUGACAUGUAUGUUGCCUUCCCGUGUGCCCCGAAUGUUGUAGGCACCUCGUGGGCUGGAUUCGUCAUAAGCGGCAUGUGUACAAGGAUUCUGUCCGGCUCUCUCUUCAACGGGCAGUCCCGACCCUCAUGGGCUCUCUCCAUUUACAUGACGUCGGAAGUGCAGGACCGAGACGGAGCGUUGGCGUCCUUUGGGUUUGUGUGCAGGACUAGGCUUCACGGAAGAGAACAUCUGUGUCAUAAAGUCUCAACUUUUUCAGCCACCAUCACAGAAGAUAGAAGCGUUCUUGAGCUUCUCGGAUGCAGAAUGGUUACAAUCCAUGGUCUGCUGCGGGUUGGGCUGGAGUUUCAAAGACCCACUCAACGGAAAGAUCCACCAUGGAUCUUUUUCAAGACCCUUUGUGUCCUCUGUUCUCGUAGCGGAGGCACUAGCUCUCAAGGCGGCUAUCAAGGCGGCUAUCAAGGCGGCUUUAUUAUUGGGUGUAUCAAGGCUGGCUUGUGUUUCGGAUUGUCAGGAGCUUGUUCUCCUGCCCAAUACCGAUGGCCAUGCAAACGAACUAGAUAGCAUAUUAGCGGAUUGCGAUCUUUUCGUUCUAUAUUUCUGUCUAUGUAUGUUCAUUUUGUUCCAAGGUCUGAAAACUGUGGAGCUGACGCUUUAGCAAAAGCUUGUCAUCUAUCCUGUUUCCCCUCCUCCAUAUGUGGAGUUUGAGUGUUUUA